AUGCGAUGUUUUGACGAUACGAUCAGACUAGGAUUAGAGAUCCUUUCUGAAAUCGUGGAGUUUCUUCGUCAGAAUCAGCACCACAUUGCAGGUGUAGUCUACCUUCACCCUAUACAGGAACGUCGUCUGACCGGAACGUUGCGACUGAACCUCCACCUGCUGCAAUCUAUAUGUGGUGAGCAUUUCUACUCUCACCUGGCGAUUGUAUCAACGCUUUGGGACACGUUGCCACACGGUUCACCAACGAUCGAAGCCGAACGACGACAGAAGGAAUUCAGACAAGGGGACGAUCCCGUCGUUUGGAAGGACAUGCUGGAUAAAGGCUCUGACUACGGGCGAUAUAUUGGGGUAGACUGCUCAAGUAGAGCGAUCAUCACGUCGCUACUGAGCAAGCAUCGUGCUCCCCCUUUGUUGUUAGAGCUGGAACUCAAAGACCGCGAACGCGCACCCGAAGACACGAGCGCGGGCUCGGUCCUCAUGGCUGAGGCGAAGGCACGCGAAGAAAAGCUGCAGCGAGAGUUGAAGGAGGAACAAGAAGAGGCCCAAGAGCUGCACGGGAGGCUACAACAGAACAACCAGUUAGCGACCGAAAGCCGAGGCGUGGGAAACGGGAUUUCCCAAGGAGACAGGGAAGACCAGCGCGGAAUCGUAAGGAGACUCUUCGGGUGA